AUGGCCAAAGAAAGUCAUGACAAGGCCAAUCUGAUCAUCAACACCAGUGAGACCUCUGUUGUUGUUGACUUGCUGCAAGCACUUGUCAAGGUUGGCUUAAGUGAAGAAGAGGUUGGAGUUAUAACACCCUACCGAGCACAAGUAAAACUUAUUCGUGAGUCAGUACUACACAGCGUCACUGGUGGUCACAGGAUAGAAGUCAACACUGUAGAUCAGUACCAGGGACGAGACAAGAGUGUCAUCAUUUAUUCCUGUGUGCGCUCAGGUGUGACCCAGGUUGAGGCUGGAGAAAUUCUUCAAGAUGAGCGACGUCUGAAUGUGGCUGUAACGAGAGCAAAGCAUAAGCUGAUCAUGGUUGGGGAUGUCACAACCUUAAAGCUGUAUACACCCUUUCAGCAACUGAUUGGUCUUUUGGACUCCAGUCAGAUUUACAGUCUAAAACAAGCCAGUGAUAUCCUCUCUUGGACUGACUAAUUUAUAGAACAUUAAUGUAGAUCAGAAGAUCACUGGCUGAUUUUGUUUUUUUUACCAAAGUUAAUGUAGUAGUAUAUUUUGUUUUUAUAUAAGAUAUGCCCAGUAUUGUUCAUGAAUACAGAUCUGUAACCUUUUAUUUCAUAUUAUUUUACUUAUUGGUGCUGCUUGAUUGUUUACAUUAUAUUUUUAGGUGCAGCAUUACAGAAUUUGAAAAUCUCUAUCUAUUUCCUUUUUUUUUUAAUAGCUCUCAUGAUUUAACUGUAGCACAGCAAAGGGAUCAUCUUGAACAUAUAAAUUCCUUUCUUUUUUUAUCAUAUAGUAAAGAUGACAUUUUUAACUAAUGUACUUAGAAAUUAAGAUGAGACCCAUUAAUAUACAUAUACAUAUUCUAUUGUAGGUUUCCAUUCUUUGGUCAGAGACAAGAUAGGAACAGUUACAGAGUUAUCUGUAUGUAGGUCUACAUUGCACAUGAAUUUACUUUCUUUUAGCAUGCAUGGUGUAUGAAAAGCCUGUGAUUAAAUACAUGUUGCAGAUGGUAGAAACGAAUUUAAUUUAGCAUUCACUGUGAUCUAUCACCAGCUGUCUUUCAGAUUUUUUUACUGUAAUAUGAAGAGUAUUGAUAUUUUUAUGUCUGAAGGUAUAUUAUAUGUAAAUUCUAUUAAGUAAAAAAAUGAUUGAU